CCCAACUACAACAAAUCUUGAGUUAAGAGGGUCAUGAGCUCAUCUAAAGCGUGAUUUAUAUGUGAAUUUGGGAAAAGGAUUAAAAACCAACAUGGGGGAGCAGCCAAUCUACACAACAAAGGCCCAUGUUUUCCAAAUCGACCCCAAAACGAAGAAGAACUGGUUACCAACCAGUAGUGCAGCAGUCAACGUCAGCUAUUACUUUGACAGUCAGAGGAACUCAUAUAGAAUUAUCAGCGUCGAAGGAUCAAAGCCCGUCAUCAACAGCACUAUCACCCCAAACAUGACAUUCACCAAAACAUCACAGAAGUUUGGCCAGUGGACAGACGCCAGGGCUAAUACAGUGUAUGGGCUUGGAUUUGGCUCAGAAGCAGACUUAACACAGUUUGUGGAGAAAUUCAAAGAAAUGAAGGAGUUGACAAAAAAGGAUAAAGACACUGUGAGUCUUGACAAGGUGCAUAAUAAUAACGAAAGCAGUACCGACCAAGGACCCAACCUGGACCCAGGUGUGGAGGACAGUGGCUCAGCGAGUGAAUUACCAAAUGAUGUUGGUAGUUCAGUGAGCAACAAUGAACGACAAAGCCUUGGCUUAAUCAGCAACCAUGAGCAACAGAGUAGUACUGGUUCUGUAAACCAUGAACGCCAGAGCAGUGCAAGUUCUGUAAACCAUGAACGCCAGAGCAGUGCUAGUUCUGUGAACCAUGAACGCCAGAGCAGUGCUAGUUCUGUGAACCAUGAACGCCAGAGCAGUGCUAGUUCUGUAAACCAUGAACGGCAAAGUUCCACAUCCAGUCUUCCAACUAGCCAAUCCACUGAAGCACAACUCAAAUAUGAAAAUGAUAGACUCAAAUUAGCACUUGCACAAAGUUCGACGAAUGCAAAGAAGUGGGAGAUAGAGUUACAAACGUUAAAGAACAACAACAGUCGUCUGACGACGGCACUUCAGGAGAGUACUGCCAAUGUGGAGGAAUGGAAGAAACAGUUAGCCGGUUACAAGGAGGAAUGUGCUAAACUUAAGAAGAAGGCGUCGGACCUCGAACAUCACAAAGUGGACGCGAGUCACGUGAAGCUGACAGAGCGGAAACUCUCUGAAAUGACGGACAAAGUACAGUUAAUGGAACGAGAGAAGAGGAGAAAAGAUGAGGAAAUCGAGGAACUCAGGGCAAAAGUAGACGAAUUAGAGCCAUAUGAAAAGCAGAGCAAAAUAUUGUUGGAACGAAUAGAGAAAUUUGAAAAAGAAAGUGAAACGUUAAAAAGUCAGGUGACCGAGUUAAAGGAGGAGAAGAAGGAGUCUUUGGCAGCGCACAAGAAAAGUAAACAAGAACUGCUGCAGGUUCAAAAACAAAUGGGAGGGAAAUUGAAAGAAAUUCACGAACUUCAGGACAGGUUAGCUGUCAUGUUACAGUCUUGAUAAUGUUGAAACGUCACGCUUUAUCUUCCCGUCCUUGUUUCCUGUCGUUGCGGGUAUCAUCUGUGCAAACAAUAGAGAUUCACAAACAAUACUGUGUUAUAGCGUGCUGUGGGUGUCAUGGGUGCACCGGUUAGGCUACACUCUCCCUUGGCACAACCCAGAAUUGAAACUAUUCAUUUCCCUUCACACAACUUGGCUACACUCUCCCUUGGCACAACCCAGAAUUGAAACUAUUCAUUUCCCUUCACACAAUUUGGCUACACUCUCCCUUGGCACAACCCAGAAUUGAAACUAUUCAUUUCCCUUCACACAAUUUGGCUACACUUCUCCCUUGGCACAACCCAGAAUUGAAACUAUUCAUUUCCCUUCACACAAUUUGGCUAUACUCUCCCUUGGCACAACCCAGAAUUGAAACUAUUCAUUUCCCUUCACACAUUUUGGCUACACUCUCCCUUGGCACAACCCAGAAUUGAAACUAUUCAUUUCCCUUCACACAAUUUGGCUACACUCUCCCUUGGCACAACCCAGAAUUGAAACUAUUCAUUUCCCUUCACACAAUUUGGCUACACUCUCCCUUGGCACAACCCAGAAUUGAAACUAUUCAUUUCCCUUCACUCUAUUCAUUUCCCUUCACAGACGGAAUCCCUCUGAACUGGCAUAUGGUGCCUUGAUCUGUGACUUUGGUCUUCAACAUUGCUUGAACCAUAAAGACACAUAACAAUGUAGAACUGCUGUGAGGUUGUAUUGUUGAUAAUGUGUUAAGUGUUCAUAUGGCACUCUGUAGGAAGUUUCAAUGAAAUCCCUUGAGAUCGUUAUGUAGUGAUGGGUUACGCCGGAUCUCAAAAGUUGAUAUUGUCAAAAAGAUUAAAUGUGUUAUGAUAUGGACCUUAACUGUCUCUAGCACUGCACUGCAGCCAAUGGCAUAGGGGCCUGACUCUGCUAGGUGGCCAGUGAGUCUUGUACAUUUUCAAGCCUCAUAUGGAGUUAACGUCAAGUUAAUGACUAAUUCAUUUUGAGCAAGUUGGGCCAGAAGUUAAACAAAAGUCAUUAAUUCUAUAUCUGCAUUUAUAUCAUAAAAUCAAAAUGUGUUGAAAGUUUUGUCACGAGAAGAACUUUCUUGGUCACCCAAGACACAGUUCAAUCAAAGUUUGCAUAUCUCUGUACUUUAUCUAUACACUUAUGAAAGCUACUUACUCUUUAUUUAUACUGUGUUAUACCUAAAUCAUUCCAAUGUCAGAGAGGAACUAGACAGACAAACUACUGCUCCGAUCACUAAUGUAUAGCUGUGCAGCUGUGGUUCUGAAAUUCACCACAAAAUGUACACAAACUGCUUGUGUACACUUUUCGGUGUACAUGUAUUUCUAUAGCACCUCCAUCACAGAAACUCUGUUUAUCACUGUAUUGAUGAGUGACGGCUGCAGUAAUUUGUUGUAUAUGUGCCCCUCCUUUAAACAUUCUAUAUUUUCUGAUUUUGUUGACUCACAUUUUUUCGUUAAACACUAUUGUUAUGUUUAGAAAUCAUUCCAAUCAUUUCAAGCGAACACUCCUAUUGAGUUUCUUGUUCUGUUUAAUGCUACUGGUUCUCCAGUUUUCACGUUGACAUUCCUUCAUCUUUUUGAUUCAUUCAAAUUACAUGUACGUCUUUCUGAUUAUCAUUCUAACACGCCCUGGUUGCGAUGUAGCAUUGUUUUCAAUGCAAAUGCAUUAGACCAUGUUUUGAUCCAGUAAUCGUAUGGGAUUGUUACAAAUUUUAGAAGCAGUCAAAAUUGCCAUUAAAAGCACAUUACAUUACCUUUCAAUGUUGUUUACCCGAACUGUCAUGAUUCAUGAAACAAAUGAUGCCACUAUGUCUACUUUUUCACAUCUUCUUACUUAAAACCAAAAUUUAUAUUUAAUCUGAUUCUUUAUAAUGUGCUUGUACAGUUAUACCAAAAUGAGCGAAUAUUCCUAUUACCUUGUUGUUUUUUCUGAGGUAGGAAGGAGAGGACACACCUGUAGUGCAGGGGUCCGCUAGUGUGAUGAAAGAUGUUAGGACUUUCCAGGCAGACAUCGUUGUUAUGAUGUAUGUAAUUAAGAGAAGUGGUGUCGGUCAUUAGGUCAGUAACUGUUGCCAAAAGCGAAAUUAUCUGAAGUCUUAUGAAGCUUUUGUUAUCAUGAACUGUGGUACAUAUACAUUAUCAUGUUGAUCAUGUAAAUACAACCAGUGAUUUUGAACAAAUUUGUAAGAUAUCGUGUACAUUGUAUAAAAUUUUCCUUUUUUUCCAAUUUUAUUAUGGAAAUGUUGGCUGCGGAAUAAAUUGCUACAUU